CGCGCUCACUGCACACUUCGACUCACACCCGCCAUUCCCUACAAACCCCUCUGGACCGCUUGAAAACUGUCCCGCGACCCAGAAACUCCAAUCAUUAUGGCCGACACCACUACUGCUGCCCCCGCAGCUGCUUCAGCUGAGGAGCCCAAGAAGAAGAGCGAUCGCCGUGAUGACCGCGACCGCCGCGACAACCGCGAAUACCGUGACAACCGCUCUGGAGGCCGUGGAGGACGUGGGGGCCGUGGACGAGGAGGACCCCGCGGCGGCGGCGGCUUCAAGGGCAGAAAGUCGCGCAACAACGAGUUUGAGGACCUCCCCGAGAGCGACGACCCGGUUGAGAUCCGCAACCAGGUCGAAUUCUACUUUUCCACGCACAACCUUGUUACGGACGAGCACCUAUUCACCAAGCUCGAAGGCCCCAAGAACUGCCCUGUUGCGAUCAAGCACAUUGCCGACUUCAAGCGCAUGCGCCGCUUCCAGCCCUACAGCGCCAUUGUGAACGCCCUGCGCGAAAGCAAGGACCUUGUUGUCGUCGACGACGGCGAGUUCAGCGGCCCUGGCAACGAGGCCGUCAAGCGCAAGGAGCCCAUUUCUGUCCCCACCAAGGAGGACGAUGAGAAGAACCCCCCGUCCGCCACCGAUCUGUUCUACCGCCUGAAGCACGCCUCCUCCAACGAUCUGAGCAAGAGCGCCUAUGCCAAGGGCUUUGGCGACGAGGAGCCCGGCCAGAUUGCGCUGGAGCAAUUCUUCCGUCCCUACGGCGCCGUCAUGGUGCGCAAGAGGCGCGAGGACAACGGCACCUACAAGGGCAGCGUUUUCGUCGAGUUCGACUCGGAGGACAGCCAGAAGCAGUUCCUCGCCCUCGACCCCGCGCCCAGGUUCAAUGGCAACGACCUUACCGUGAUGGGCAAGAAAGAGUACUCGGAGAUGAAGUGCAAGGAGAAGGGCAUCAAGCCCGAGUGGGAGCUCGCCGAGGGAGAAAGGCGCCAGCCCCGCGAACACCGCGACGGCCGCGACAACAGAUCCGGCGGCCGAGGCGGUCGUGGUGGACGCGGUGGACGUGGUGGUCGUGGAGGACGUGGAGGACGAGGUGGCCGCGACGGUCGCGACGACCGCAACCGCCAUGAUACACGUUCGAGGCGCGACCGCAGCGGCUCCGUCGAUGACGACGACUGGAAGAACCGCCGCGAGCGCUUCCAGAACGGCAAGGACGACGCAUCGAAGGAGAGCAAGGAGAUUGAGCGCGACGCUCACGGCGUCCCGGUCGUCAAGGACACCAGCAACAAGCGCAAGGCUGACGACGAGGCGGGCGGCGAGGAUAAGAAGAGCAAGCUGGAGAUCAAGGAGGAUGCAUAGUGGAUGGAUUGCGGUCGAUGCUGGAUUGCAUAUACGGCGUUACGGUUGCUUCAUGGCCAUGGUGCUCGAUACCAUUACGACUAGGUUGGGAAAAGUAUUUCUAUCUCGACUACCAGAUUACAUUUGGACCGAAUCGAUGCUACGUUUUGCAUAUAUCCGUGAAACGCAAACUAUGUGCUACACAUUCCAUGUGUGCUUCCUGUACCUCCCCGACCUUGUGUUAGAAUCCAGCUCUCCUAACUGUCACCACUCAGCUGAGCCUGACUAGUCA